AUGCGUUUUACUUCUCUGACUUUACUUUCAACUGCUGUCUUAUCAGCAGCUUUCGUUUCUGCCGCUCCUGGUAUUCAAGCUGAUGGUUCUCUUAGUGCCUCUGUUGAUGCUGUCAACUCUCAUAUCAAUCAGCUCGAUGUUUCCUCUGCCUCUAAGUUAGUCAAACGCUACAAGAACAAUGAUUAUAGUGGUAAGAAGCAUGGUGGUCGUGGCGGAAAGCAUGACGAUGAUGAUGAUGAUGAUGAUGAUGAUGAUGAUGAUGAUGAUGAUGAUGAUAAAGACAACUGGAAGCACAAAAAGCAAGGCGGUCGUGGUGGCAAGCAUGACGACGAUGAUGAUGAUGAAGACGACUGGAAGCACAAGAAGCAUGGUGGUCGUGGUGGCAAGCAUGACGACGAUGAUGAUGAUGAAGACGACUGGAAGCAUGGCAAGGGAUGGGGAAAAGAUGACGAUGAUGAAGACUACGGACAUGGUAAAUGGGGUAAUAAGGGCGGUGAUGACUCCGACUACGGUCAUGGCAGCUUUGGUAAAAACAAUUACCAGAAGAAUAGUGGCUCUGAAGGCUUUGGAAAGAAAAAAGUUUUCAUUUAUCACACUAUCCAACCUCAACGAACAACCGUUACUCAUGUUGUUGGACGCACUACAACGUUUAGCGCAGUCAGCACUCAAACCCUAUUACUACCUGCCCCAACCGUAACAGCACCUGGCGAAACCGUAACAGCACCUGGCGAAACCGUAACAGUAGCUUCCGAAACCGUAACAGCACCUGCCGAAACCGUAACAGCACCUGCCGAAACCGUAACAGCACCUGCCGAAACCGUAACAACAACCUUAACAGUUACCGCACCUGCCGCCCCCACCGCUGCACCUGAAGCACCUGCCGAAACCGCAACAGCGCCUGGCGAAACCGUAACAGCACCUGCCGAAACCGUAACAGCACCUGCCGAAACCGUAACAGCACCUGCCGAAACCGUAACAGCACCUGCCGAAACCGUAACAGCACCUGCCGAAACCGUAACAGCACCUGCCGAAACCGUAACAGCACCUGCCGAAACCGUAACAGCACCUGCCGAAACCGUAACAGCACCUGCCGAAACCGUAACCGUACCUGCCGAAACCGUAACCGUAACAGCACCUGCCGAAACCGUAACAGCACCUGCCGAAACCGUAACAACAACCUUAACAGUUACCGCACCUGCCGCCCCGACCGUUGCACCUGAACAGCCUGCAGCAACCGAAACAGUUACCGCACCUGCCGUCACCACCUCUGUACCUGAACAGCCUGAUACUGCUGAGCCUGUACCCGUUACGCCUCCACCUGUUGAGCCUGUACCCGAUACGCCUCCACCUGUUGAGCCUGUACCCGUUACUCCUCCACCUGUUGAGCCUGUACCCGUUACUCCUCCACCUGUUGAGCCUGUACCCGUUGUACCACCUUAG